UUCUGCUUAAUUACUUAUUCAUAUAUUCUCAAAUAUCAAAGACAUCAAACGAAUUUUAUUGAUAUAAGUGACAUAUUGAGUGUGAUACUGAGAACGAUGUAACGGGACCCGCGAACCGGUUGCUCGCCGACUUCACAGGUCGAAAUAAAAUAGAAAAAAACGAAAUGAAUACAACGGUAGAAUCAAAUACAAGCUUAAGCGUAAACAUGAAACGUACGGGAUGUGUAUGAUAUUCAGUUUGCGUUCUUGAGAGUGUCCCAGGAUGCGGGCGACGCGAUAGUCCCGCUAUACGACACAAACCAGUUGUUUAAGUGAAGUCAGUAUCGUCUCGACUACCGACAGAAAAGUCAUGAAGCUGCAAGACUAUAUCAGGUACCUCAUAUGUAUCUUGGUGGUAAAUUUUGGAAGAACCGACUGCAACGAACACGUCAUCGAUGAUACCGCUGAUCAAAUUGGAAUAAGACAUGAACGUGGCAUUUUGGAUCUUGUUUUUGGAAGGCUCCGAAUCUGUGGUGCUUGCUUAUGCGGCCGAUCAAAUCGUAAUGCAGGGCGAUUAUUGGCUGGCGAACAUACAGACUCCCAUGAAUAUCCCUGGCUUGCAAAUGUUCAUGUAAACUCCAAAUUGACAAUGAGUGGAGCAAUGAUAAAUGAUCGUUAUGUCUUAACAGCGGCUAGUCAACUUGUCGAUACAGCAGCAACAGCAAUAAAGGUAUCUUUGGGAGAAUACGAUCGAUGUACCUUCGAUGUCUCGUCAGUAAACAACAGCGUCGAAUUUGUCAUUUUGCAUCCAGAAUUCAAUCGAGAGUCGAAUACUCAUGAUCUAGCUUUAUUGCGCUUAAGUCGACCAGUUAAAUUCGAGAAGAGAAUAUCGCCGGUAUGCUUACCCAAUCCAGGAUCAACUUAUCUCGGUCAAGUCGGUACCUUGGUAGGAUGGACCAAGCAAAAAGAUCAAGCUGAUGUUCAGACAUGUAGACCUCGAAAAUUAGGACUUCCCAUUCUGGGACGUAAUGAGUGUAUUAAAUCAGGAAUAAAUUCAGAACAUGUAAAUGAUGAUUACGGAUGCAUCGGGAUUGUGGGUACAAAUUCUUUGGUAUGCAAAAAUGAUGUUGGAUCUUCUGUGCAAUAUCGAUCGUACGCCGGAAUUUACGAUCUUAUUGGAAUUAUUCCGAGCGUAAAUGAAUGUGACGAUACUCCUAGGGCAACUGUUUUUACGAGAAUAGGACCGCAUCUCGAUUGGAUAUUACAACACACCAAGGAUGCAUGCUAUUGUACAAAAUAAUACAAACAAAUUUUCAAUAAUUCUAUGAGAAUAUUAUUGAAUAUGUGAUACUCAGAAUUAUUUUAUCAUUACUAUUUCUGUUACUAUAUAUACGUUCAAAAAAACACAAAAUAAUUUUUGUAAAUGUUUAGAUAAGCAAAACACUAUUUAAAAUAUUAUUUAAAAUGCAUGUAU